AUGGUUGUUUUAGCUGCUUCAAUUUGUACCCGUGGUGGUAAAGCUCUUUUAUCAAGACAAUUUAAAGAUUUAACUAAGGAUAGAAUCACUGCAUUAUUAGCCAAUUUUCCAAGUUUACUUUCAAAUUCUGAAUCACAACAUACCAUAGUUGAAGAUGAAUUUGUAAGAUAUGUUUAUCAACCAUUAGAAGAAUUUUAUAUAGUAUUAUUAACUAACAAACAAUCUAAUAUUUUACAAGAUAUUGAUACAUUACACUUGUUUGCAUCCACAGUUAGUAAUAUGUUAAGAACAAUUGAUGAACGAGAAAUCUUUGAAAAUUCAUUUGAAAUUUUAAGUGCAUUCGAUGAAAUAAUUAAUUUGGGAUUUAAAGAAAAUUUAACUUUAUCACAAGUUCAAACCUUCUUAGAAAUGGAUUCACACGAAGAGAAAAUUCAAGAAAUCAUUGAAAGAAAUAAAGAAUUAGAAGCAACUGAAGAAAGGAAAAGACGUGCUAAAGAAAUCCAAAGAAAAGAAUUAGCUCGUCGUAAUUUAGAGCAAUUUCCAUCAGCUUCAUCGAAUUUCCAAAAUCAAAAUUCAUUUGGUUAUGAUUCUUAUCAAUCAAAUCAAGCAAUUAAUGGCGGUACCAAUAACUACCAACCAACUUAUCAACCAUCAACUCUUAUUGAUAAUAGUAUUGAAACUAAAUCAAAUAUAAAUAACAAACCAAGAGGUGGUGGUUUACAAUUAGGUAAAAAACCAGUCAAAGUGGCUAAUGAACAAAACCAACCAUUAUUAACUAAACAACAACCAUUAUUUAAUCAUACUCAAAAUCCUGAAAUAUCAACCCCACAAGUAAUCUCACAAUCAUCAUCACCAAUUCCACAAUUACCAAAAAUUAAUAAUAAUGGUAUAUUAAUUACAAUUAAUGAAAAAAUUAAUGCUGAAUUAUCUCGUGAAGGAUCGAUUUUUUCAAGUGAAAUUAAAGGUGAUUUACAAUUAAGAAUUAAUAAUAGUGAAUUAGCCAGCUCAAAAAUUUUAUUAAAAGUUGGAGAUAAAUCCAAUGGUAUUCAAUAUAAAACUCAUCCAAAUGUUGAUCGUAACUUAUUUACUUCUAAUGGAACCAUUGGGUUGAAAGACAAAACUAAACCAUUCCCAUCAAAUGAUCAAUCAUUAGGUGUUUUGAGAUGGAGAGGUGUUGGUAAAAGUGAAGAAUCCAAAUUCACUCCACUUAUUAUAACUGCAUGGACAUCAUGUAACGAUGGCAUUGCAGAAGUAACUUUAGAAUAUGAAUUGAGUUCAAACUUCAUAGAAUCAUUCCCAAAUGAAACUAGUUUAGAUAAUGUUAAAAUAUUAAUUCCAAUUUCAUCAAAUGAAGUUGAAUUAAAUGAUGAAAGUGGUAAAGUCAGUUAUGAAUUAGAUGACGCAGGGGUGCUUUUCAAUAUUGACUCUAUUUCGUUUGAUGAUCCACAAGGAUCGUUUGAAUUCAAAAUUCCAUCUCCUGAUGAAGAUUCGCUUUUCCCAAUUGAAUUAGAAAUCAAUAUUAAUAGAAGUGAAAAUGUUAAUGAAAGUGAUACUGCUUUGGGUCAAGUUCAAGUUUUAGAUGUUGUUAGCAAUAACGAAGAUGAAGAAUCAUUACCAUUUGAUUUACAUUUGAAUUUAGUCACCGAUGGUUAUCAAGUUAAGUAA